AUGGCUCCAGUCCGGGUCCUGUUUCUGAUACCCAAGAACCCUUCGCCUCAAUUGACCGGCAACUUUACUCCUCAAUUCAAAGAGUUCGUGAACCUCUGUCUGAGGAAGGACCCAAAGGAGCGACCGUCGGCAAAGCAACUACUACAAUCAAACUUUAUCCGGAAAGCUGGGAAGCCGUCAAGGUUGCAGGAGCUGAUAUUCCGGUACCAAGAGUACCAGGCGCGUCACCCUAAGCAGGCUGAUUCGGAGGACGAAGACACCCCCGUGAAGAAGCGAGAACCAGUAAAUGAAGAGCUGUGGGACUUUGGUACCAUCCGUCCCAUCAAGGAUCGGGGAGGCAAUGCUUUGAAACCUAUGAACGAGUCCGGUGCAAACGCCCGACAAGCGUCACCACAGAGGAAGCCUAUUCUCAAUCAGCAAGCUGGCUAUGGAGACGAGAACUAUUACGGAUCAGCAGACACUGUUCGACCGAGCCCGCCUCCAUCUCCUACGAAGCGCUUAGCGAAGCUUGAGAUCCCGGCUUCACCAAUGAGCUCCUUGAAGACUGCCGUGCGAGUACCCUUACCACCAUCUCCCGAAAAGAGAUCGAUCCCGCCACUACCACCGCCAACAGCACAAGAAGUACGUAAAUCACCAGUACCAGCGGCCUUCUCGCCGCAUCCUAUGAGCCGGGGAAUGGUCACACCGACGAAAUCACCCGCACAACCUCGACGGCAAACACCGCUAGGUCGCGAUUACGACGAAUAUCUACAACGCUCAAUUGCUGAAGACAUGGCUGCUAUGGAGAUGACGCCUCGACGAGACCCCACACCCACGCGACAUGCUGUACUUCCGCCGAUGUCGAUUCCAGAGAUCCCACCUUUCCGAGGCGGUCAACCUCAACCAUCGAGUAACAACAUCGCAUCUACGAAUCAAACCCAGCCACACAGCCCUAUACAGGGCCAGAACCUAAAUCAGAAUCAGAACCCGCGCCCAUCGCAGGUUCAAAAACCACUCCCGCCACUCGCUGGCCAACAACCACUCCCUCAACUCACGAACCAUUCGCCGCUGGUAUCAUCACAACCCUCACCGAAUUCAGCUUCGCCCCCUCGACCCGGCUCAUCCUCAUCGUACGAUCCCUUCGGCGGCCCCAUGCUCAACGACUGGAACAAAAUGACCGGCGUACAAACCCCAUCCCACCCUCUCCCUCCCGCCCCACAACCCACCAAGCCCUCCCCAUGUCCCGCGGCUCCUUCGGCCGCCCCAAACAGCCCCUCACCCCGGCUCGCCCACCUCGGCCCCCACGGAGAUCACCGCCCUCACCGGCGUCGUCCUCCCCGCGCUCGAGGCCGCGCUCUCCCGCCGCGCGUACCAUCUCUCGCUGAAGAACAAGACGGAGGCUGCGCAGGCGCCGCGCGACUUGCAUGCUUUUGUGGAGCAGAAGAAGAGGAGGCAGGAGUGUCAUGA